AUGGAGUUUAGUGGUGUAGACAGUUUGAAUAAUCAUUACAACGACAUUAAUCAAGUGUAUCAACUUGUCGACCCGGUGUCGUGGUAUGCAUUGGACAAGGCGGUGUGGGACAAUAUGGAAAGCAGUAACAGUGGGAUGGUCGAUGGAUAUGUGAAAUUGAUUCCAAUAGAUGAGAGUAAUAGCCACGUUUUUCUUCGUGGUGCUUUAAUCAAACUCAAUUGUGGUAUAGACGACUGCUUGGACUUAGGAGGAGGAGUUGGUCGUGUUACCAAAGAUGUAUUAUCGCGGUACUUUAAACGAAUAGAUGUAGCAGAUCAAUGUGUCAGUCACGUAAACAAAGCGAAGGAAAUGAAAGGUGUAGUUCCUUCGUUUAACGACGCGUUUGUGUGUAAUAUGCAACACCUAGUAUUAACGAAACAAUAUGAUUGUAUAUGGAUACAAUGGUCGAUAUUAUAUCUUCGUGAUGAAGACUUAGUUAACAUGUUACAGGUGUGUAAAGCACAUUUAAAAGAAGGAGGGAUAAUAGUAGUUAAAGAGAAUAUAGGAACGACAGAGUUCUAUUGGGACAGAAAAGAUAAUUCAUUGAUGAGAACUAUAACACAUAUGAAUCACUUGUUUGUUAAAGCUGGUCUUGGGCUACUCCAAACGCGAAAAGAUUUGAAUUACCCGACUAACUUCUUCCCAUUGUAUGCAUUUAUAUUGCAGUGA